AUUCAUUUACUAAGUGUGUGUCACUCAGCUCUCUCUGGGAGCACAAAACUUACUGCAGCUGAAGAAGUUUUUGUUGGAAUAGUAUAAUAACAAAUCUUCUACCAUGAAUUCCUGGUUGAUAAUAUGUUGUUUUCUUGUUUCUUUGAUCAGUGGUCCCUAUUGUGCAAGCCUUGAUUCUGCCAUGUCGGGGACUUUUUUGUAUUUCGCCUAUGGAAGCAAUCUACUCACCAAGAGAAUUCAUAUCAACAAUCCAACUGCUGUUCGGAAGGGCAUCGCUAAAUUGGAGAAUUAUCGGUUGGACUUCAACUACUACUCUCACCGUUGGAAAGGCUGUGCAGCAACAGUUGUGCCAGAUGAGGGAAAGCAUGUCUAUGGUGCACUAUGGGAAAUUGGGAAUGAAAAUAUGGCAGCCCUUGACAAGCAAGAAGGCGUGGAUACCCAUGUUUACGAGGUAAUCAAAGUCUCUGUGCAAACGCCAGAGGGAACCAGUGUUGAGAGUCGAAGCUACCAACUUUGUGAUCUCCCCCCACCAGUACCGGAGGGAGAGAAGUUUCCUGAUGAGCGGCGGCCAUCAAAAAUUUAUCUCCGAACAAUCAUCGAUGGAGCCAUAGAAAGCAAAUUACCUGCCGAGUACAUAACUUAUUUGCGGUCUUUCCCUGAUAACGGCUAUGAAGGAGAAAUCAAUUUACAUGACUCAAAUUCAACCUCUAGUGGAUAACUUUGCUAACUAAGCAUUGCAAAAGUCUGAAAUAUCUCUCUUAAUGCCUUAAUGUUAACUUGAUUCCUCUCCUAGUUCAAUUUACUCUCUACUCAAUUGCAAUAACAUUCAGAAUGCUCUUUUAAAGUUUUCAUACUUUUUGAGGACCUGACAAAAAUUAAAAUUUUGCUAUAGCUUCAUGAUCAUAUUUCGAUAGUUAAAUGCGAAUCUCAAUCAUAAUGUUUAGAAAUCCCUAAUUAUUUUCCAUUUUCUUUAAGGACAAGUACCUAAUCAAAAAUUGUCCUUGCAAUUUUAUGUGUUUUCUUAGAAUGAGUGAAAAAAAUUCACCGAAACUUUUGAUAGAAUUUUUUGGUUAGUUUUCAUUUUUAAAAAAAAGAAAACAUAAUUGGAGACUUAGAACUUUGUUAUUUAAGAUUCGUGCUAUCUGAUUUCAGCCAUCGAAUGUCACUGACAUUCAUCCCUUAAGAACUUAUAGCCCAGGGCCAUACAGCUACCAAGGGUGAGAUAGGUGCCAUUUCGUUGGGUCUUUUAGCAGCACGGAGCCUGCCCUAGUAGCAACGACUGUUAAAAAUCUUCGACUGAUGAAAUUUAAGGAAAAAAAGUGGUGAAAAAUUCUUAAAAUAUCAAUGUGGUUUUUCAACGCUAAAAAUGAUUUGAAAAUAUGUUAAAAAAUUACAAUAAUAUUCCAGAGUUUUUUUAACAUUUUUUUCCUUGAAGUUUACUUAAAUUUUAUUUUUUGUAAAUUUUAUUUUUCAAAAAAAUAGCCAAAAAGGGUUUCUUAGUACAAAAAUGUUGAUAGUUUCUUUAGGAGUUUUUAAAGAAUAUUUUAAAAUGCUAUUGCUAGUAGGAUGUAGACUCAAAGUUUACCAUUUUAGCACUUCCUGUUUUAAUUUUUCAACCAUUUUUCACGGUGGAGUUUCCUCAUUUUCAAUUUUCUUGCUAAUUGACGAAUAUAAACAGCAUAGGUCUGGAUUGAUGAUUAACUUUUCACUGAUAAAUGAUACAUGCUCACUAUGAUUGACAGAAAAUACCACUUAUUCUUAUUAGACUAGAAUUUAGCACUGUUUUUGGAAGUCAGCAGCAAUUCCGAACUGAAAGUUGCUUGCAUAAACAGCUGACUAUUAGUGAAAGAAAGGUGGCAAAAUCCAGUUGAGGGUUAGAGAGAUGCUUUUACACUCUACGGAGACUUCCUGGGGUAGGAGUUGGUGCAAUAAAUGGACUAAAUUUUGCAAUUAGGAACUAAAAUUUCCAGCUCAAUUUAGGAGCAACAUAAGUAAUAGGUAUUCGUUUCCCAACAUGUGUACGUAAGUGUUCUUACAGAUGAGCCAGAAAUUAUAGUUCUGGAUUGCAAAAUGUAGUCCAAAUGGUUGUAAAGCUACAGCAAAAUUUCUGUUUUUUCUUGAAUCCUGAGCUAGCAAUUGAGUCUGCAUAUGAGGAGAAAGCAGUGCCAAAAAAAAAAAAAAAA